AUGACGGAGCGCACCGGGCUGACGCGUUGUUUCUCCCCUUCUUCAUCACACCCCUUGAUCUUCGCCCACCAUCUGUGGCAGCCCAAGCGGUGCUUCUUUUCCGAGCGGCAUGCGAAAGAGAGGGUGAAGCUUGUCACAAGCGAAACUCACAGCCACGACCCCUGGGUCAAGGCGUUCAUCAAGGACCCCAAUGCCGCCUCGUCCCACUGCGAUUUGCUCAUCGCUUCUCCCGUGUUGUCUGUCGGUUCGACAAACUGGGCGCUCCACGAUGAAGAGGUCCCUCAACAGGUAAAGGAUGCCAUCGACAGCAUGACCGAGCCAAUGGGGUCUGCAAUCUUCAAGAUUAGCAGGAAGUCCAAGACCUUUCCUCCUGCUUUGGCCGCCCGCAACCGGAAGGACUGGGAGGAGUGGGGUGAGACCCUUUGGAAGGAGUGGUGGUACCUGUCAGACCAUCAGGGAGCCAGGGAGGAUGAGGAUCUGCUAGUUGUGGAAGAUAACGCCCCAGUCCACAACGCAGCGGCAACUCAGGAAGUCCGUGAGGAAUUAGGCAUUGAGCGCAGCUACCACCCCGCCAUGUCUUUCAAGUAUGCGGCGGAAGGGAUGCAACACCGUCAGAUGGAGAUAGUCAAUCGGGACAACUCCGUUGUUGCAAAGUCUCGGGAGUACGACCUUAUCCGCAAGGCCAUCAAGGGCGGUAUGUUGAACCCGGUCCUCGUAGCCCACGGGGAAGAUCCCAGCUUCGGCACAGCCGAUCGGCACGGCUAUGACGAGUUUGUCGUGUAUGCUUCAAUUGAGCCUGUCUGGGGGAUCUUGAAGAGGAAGGUCGACAAGAUGCCCAGGCCAAGAAAUACUGAUCAUCUGGAGAGAAUGAUCCAGACGGCCUGGGACGAAAUCCCCCAAGAACAAAUCAAUCGCUUGAUUGAGCGGCAGCACGAGGUGUAUGCAGAGUUGAAGCCAAAACAAGGGGUGGCACACGGGGUUUUGGAUCAAGGAGAAAGCUUCCAAGACAAGCCCCAUGAUCAGUCCCUAAUAGCAGAGUGUAAUGCGGUCAGAAACUGGAUUGCAGUCUGCUGGGGGUAG